GAGAGAGAGAGAGAGAGAGAGAGAGGGAGAAAGAGAUAGAGAGAGAGAGAGGGAGUCCAGGCCCAAAUAAAGCCAUGGGGGCCGGGGCUGGGCUGGGCCCCCUUUUGCUAUAAAUACGCUGGCCGCCUGGAGGUUCGGUUUUGGUGGUUGGUGCUUUGGACCAGCGACCACCACUGCUGCAGCAGCCCUCCUCAGGGGAUUGUCUUCCACAUACUCCUCAUCCUCAUCCUGGUCAUCAGUGUUCAGGCCGUCCAAGAUGCCUCGUGUGGAUGCAGACCUCAAGCUGGACUUUAAGGAUGUCCUCUUCAGACCCAAGAGGAGCAGCCUGAAGAGUCGCUCAGAGGUGGACCUUCAGAGGACCUUCACAUUCCGCAACUCCAAACAGACCUACACCGGCAUCCCCAUCAUCGCUGCCAACAUGGACACCACGGGAACGUUUGAGAUGGCACAAGUCCUCAGCAAACACACUCUCUUCACAGCCAUUCAUAAACACUACUCUGUAGAAGACUGGAAAAACUUUGCUGCUAAUCAUCCAGACUGCCUUGAGCACGUAGCUGCCAGCUCCGGCAGUGGCGUCGCAGAUCUGGAGAAGCUGUGUGCCAUCUUGGAAGCCGUGCCCGCCCUCAAGUACAUCUGUCUGGAUGUUGCCAACGGCUACUCUGAGUACUUUGUGGAGUUUGUCAAGACGGUCAGAGGAAAGUUCCCCAAACACACCAUCAUGGCUGGUAACGUGGUAACAGGAGAGAUGGUGGAGGAGCUCAUCCUCUCCGGUGCUGACAUCAUCAAAGUGGGAAUCGGGCCAGGGUCCGUGUGCACAACGAGGAUCAAGACAGGGGUGGGCUACCCACAACUCAGUGCCGUAAUAGAGUGUGCAGACUCAGCCCAUGGUCUCAAAGGACACAUUAUCUCCGACGGUGGCUGCAGUUGCCCAGGAGAUGUAGCAAAGGCCUUUGGUGCAGGGGCUGACUUUGUAAUGAUGGGAGGAAUGCUUGCAGGGCACGAUCAGUGCACUGGGGAGGUCAUCGAGAAGAACGGGAAGAAAUACAAACUCUUCUACGGCAUGAGCUCUGACACAGCCAUGAAGAAAUAUGUGGGUGGAGUUGCUGAGUAUAGGGCGUCUGAGGGGAGAACAGUGGAGGUUCCGUACAGAGGAGACGUGGAGGACACCAUCCGUGACGUGUUGGGGGGCCUCCGCUCCACCUGCACAUAUGUCGGUGCCGCCAAGCUCAAAGAGCUGAGCAGAAGAACCACCUUCAUCCGCGUCACACAACAGUCCAGCCAUAUGUUCACUUAGCAGGGCCCCACACUACGCUCCACACAGGCUGCAUGAUAUGCAUCGUACGUGUGUUAUGCAGAGUUUGAAUGUGCAAUAGGAGGAGAAGCGGUGUAACACAUACAGGAGAAAAGACCCGCUGACAUGAUCGCCCAACCUGUUUCUUUCUCAGGAUACAUGCUAUCUGAAAGUUUCCUGCAGGUUGUGAUUAAAUAAACUCAAAAGUCUGACUCGAAAACAUUCUCCCAGAAGAAUCACGGCGCUUUCGUCAACUUAAUCCUACAGCGAGUGCGUUUACAUGCUCACAGACACCAUAAUAUGCUACUGAAUGCUACAGAUUUUAUUUUUGAAUGGGCACUUAUAACAGCUUGGAUAAAUCCUUCUCAGUUUUUGGAAAUGGGAAAGGGAGAGCUAAAAUACUGAGGCACGUGUAUCUUUCAAAAUACUCUUUUAACUUGUGUAUUUACAGUAGUCAGCAUCUUUCCAGAUCAAUAGCAUAUUAAGAAUAAACAAGAAAGUCAGCUAACACAUUGCAUGUAAACACACUCAUUAGUCGGGGAGGCUGAUACUCGUGCUCAAAUCUUUUGGGAAAACUGCUGAAGCGUAUGUCGGAUGGAAUGUGCAAAUCAAUAUGCAAGAUUCAGAGACGCUGGCCUUUAACUGUCACUGGAGAAAUCACAUUGCAAUAAAUUGCAUGCAGGACCUUCUGCUAAUUUCCUC